CCACAAUCGAAUGACCAUGCGCUUUGGGCACGAUCAGCAAUUGAUCAGCGCGAUGCCGCCCCUCCGUUCGUCAUGUCGAUGCCUCUGUUGUUGUCCUUGUUGCAACUCCAUUCGUUGUGGCGCUUGUUAGAUCCAAUAUCCGCUAUUCGAAAAUUAUCAAGGCGCUUGGCAUUGCGUCCUUGGAACAUCAUCAGAGGGUGAAGCACAGUUGAAGGUGCAAAACCCGUCGAUAUGACGUCCAAGAGGGUUGCUGAGGAGAAUGUGGCGCGCACCACCCCCAAGGAAUCGUUGUCAGAUAGCUUUCAGAGCUUGCAAGUCGACAAGGCUUCAGCUCAGAAUCCUACGGAAAAUGGCAAGGCAGGCAAGGGCCAUGCGCGCAUGGGCUGCAUGCAGCUGAUAAUCAAGCUCUGCACCGAAGGUCACACAGCUUGGGACUGCCUGCUCACGGUGGCAUGCGCACAGAUUGGGCAGGUCAUGCUGGUGAUGCCACACAGCAUGGCCCUCCUUGGAAUCAAGGUUGGCAUUGUGGUGGCCUUGGUGGCUGCCAUUGGAGGUUUAUGGACCAUGUUCUUACUGGCAUCUUUGUUUCUUGAGAUGAAGACCAGAUUGAUCAAAUCAGGUGGGUGGUAUGAUGCAAGCGGGAAGCGAAAACAAGUCACUCAAUAUCACGAGGUAAUGGGCUUUCAUGCCGGUCCCACAAUGAAGUAUGUCUCCCAAGUUGUCAUUGCUGUGCAUCUGGUGGGCACAUGCACAGCUCAAAUAGUGGCGUGUGCCGGAAACAACUACAGCAUCACGAUGACUCACGACAAACGGUUUUAUACGCUGGUCUGGGGAGCUGUGCUCAUGUGCUUCUCCUUUGUGCCAACUUUUCGCCACUUCCGUAUUAUCAACAUCGUCGCUCUCAUUGGGACUUGUUACACAGAGUGGUUCCUUGUGGCAGUGUCCGCUCAGAAGGGCAUCACACCUGGAGCAAUUGACAGGUCAUACAGGAAUGCGCAGGACUUCUUCAUUGGCGCCGCUGUUCUUGGGCAGUUUGGUCACAGUAUAGCUCUUGAAAUGGCAGAUGCCAUGCGCAAUGCCUUCCAUUUCCAGGCUGCUUACACUGCUGGAUGGCUGUGGGUACUCACUCUGAUUUUGCCGCACUCCAUUGCAGCAAAUUUGGCCUGGCCAGAUGAGGUGUAUGAGCAAGAUAACAUCUUCAAUGUCAUUCCCAACUCUCCUGGGAAGUAUCUCUCGGUGUGGCUCAUGAACAUCCACCAGGUGGUGGCCUUUGGUCUCUACAGCGUGCCCCUCAUGUUCAUGUGGGAGAAGCUGAUCCGCGUGCACAGCAAGCCCUGGUACAUCCGAUUGCCACUGCGGCUGCCGAUCUCUGGGCUUCUGUAUGUCAUCAGCAUUGCAUUCCCGUUCUAUGGCACAAUCAACUCGCUUUAUUCCAGCUUGUCGGAGCCCCUCACCGCAUUUGUGUUCCCAUGCGCGGUGUACAUAUGGGUCUACCAUACAAGGGCAGCUCGUGAGCAAGCAGCCAUGAAACCUUUCAAAUGCUUGCGCGUGUGGAAUUGGUCCCCAGUCUUUGCCCUGAAUGUCGGCAUCAUUCUUGUGUGGACAGUCGCACAAUUCGGGUUUGGCACGUACUUCAGCAUCCGUCGGAUGAUCCAGAAUGUCAACACAUUUGGAGUGUUUGCAUCGUGCUAUCAAUGCAAGGCGCCAAAGUUCGUGGCGUCACCUGCACUUGUGACAAAUUCUACUUACCGACUCUACUGA